UGAGCCGCUCCUGCUCUCAGAGUUGACGCUGUUGCCGUUGUUCGGUUGCCGGGGUGACAUCGGCUGGGUGAGGCUUGAGGCCGGCCAGCGGUACCUGAAGCGAUGGUGCCCGUUCUGGACGCGCUUUGGGAGGAUAGGGAUGUUAGAUUUGACAUUUCGCCUCAACAAAUGAAGAUGAGAUGUGGAGAGGUCCUAAUUGACUGUUUGGACUCCAUUGAAGAUACAAAAGGAAAUAAUGGGGAUAAAGGUAGACUGCUUGUGACCAAUUUAAGAAUUAUCUGGCAUUCACUGGCUCUUCCACGUGUUAACUUAUCUGUUGGCUACAACUGCAUUAUAAACAUUACAACCAGAACUGCCAAUUCGAAACUUCGAGGUCAAACUGAAGCUCUUUACAUCCUGACAAAAUGUAACAACACACGAUUUGAGUUCAUCUUUACCAGUGUGGUUCCAGGAAGCCCUCGACUGUUCACCACUGUCAUUGCAGUGCAUAGGGCAUAUGAGACAUCGAAAAUUUACAGAGAUCUUAAAUUAAGAGGAGCUCUCAUUCAAAACAAGCAGUUAAGACUUCUGCCACAGGAACAGGUGUAUGAUAAAAUUAAUGGUGUCUGGAAUCUAUCGAGUGAUCAGGGCAAUUUGGGAACCUUUUUCAUCACAAAUGUUCGAAUAGUAUGGCAUGCAAACAUGAAUGAUAGUUUUAAUGUUAGCAUUCCCUAUCUACAAAUUCGAUCAAUAAAAAUCAGGGAUUCAAAGUUUGGACUAGCACUUGUAAUUGAAAGUUCACAACAGAGUGGAGGAUAUGUGCUUGGUUUUAAAAUUGAUCCUGUGGAAAAACUUCAAGAGGCAGUAAAGGAGAUAAAUUCUUUGCAUAAAGUUUACUCUGCAUGUCCUAUCUUUGGAGUUCAGUAUGAAAUGGAGGAAAAGCCUCAGCCACUUGAGGACCUGACAGUUGAGCAAGUUCAAGAUGAUGUUGAAAUUGAACCAGAGGAACAAACUGAUGCAUUUGUGGCUUACUUUGCUGAUACUAAUAAGCAACAAGACCGUGAGCCAGUUUAUUCAGAGGAACUAGGGAUCGCAAUCGAAAAAUUGAAAGAUGGUUUCACUCUUCAAGGACUUUGGGAAGUGAUGGGUUGAACUUCAAGUUCACUUUUCUAUUGGUUUUAAGAAGUUAUUGUGCAGACUACAUCUUGCAAUUUCCGGUAAUCAUUGCUAUUCAAAAAUAGAGUCUUAACAAUUAAAAUUUCUUAUUAUCUUUCUGUUUCAUAAUCAUUAACAUCAAGAUUAAUGUUGGUUAUAAGUUUUUAUCAUCUUUGACUUAUUUAUAGUUAUUAGCGCCCGCUGUCUUUUUAAAGUUUAAACCCUCAUUAUGGUUUUAGCUGCUGAGAAUACAGAAUAAUACUGAAAAUGUUCUGCCCAAAAGUUUCAUGUCUGAAUGGAAUAGUAAUAGAAGGAAAACCCUACCUGAUCCAGGCAGAAAAUUGAGAGACCAAUUCAAAAUGUUUUUAAAAAUCUAAUCAUUUAAAUUAUAGGUUUACCUUCUGAAUGUUAGAAAAUCAGAGGUUCAUUUUAAAAAGACACUGGGAUAUGGCUAUAAUGACAUUCUACUCUCUUACUAAACAAUGGCCCUGUAACCUCAGAUAAGGGUCAGAUGCUUGCCAUUCAGUCCUUUUAUUGACCUGAAUGGCAAGCUGUCAGCAUUUGCCAUCAUUACUCCAGUGAAAGUGACAGCAACUUUGGAAGUUUGCACAUGCGCAGAAUAAUGCAGAAAUCCAGAAGUUGCACUUGGUAGUUUUAUGGUUUUCCAGUGUGUGUGCUGUUGAGGACACCACCCCAACCUCCCCCAUGACCCUCCCCACCUCCGCAAGUGCAAUCCCCAAGCAAUUAAUGAAUUGGAGAAAGCAUCCACUUUUACCCUGCUAGUCUCUGUAAAAACCCUUGGAAAAGUUAGACUUUUUUGAAUGAGGUGUAACUGGGCUUUUAGGAGAAUCCUAAGUUCAUAACUACUGCUAAUAUAACUGCUACAAUAUUGUAUCUAUUUGUCUCUGUCAUUAUUGAUAAAAAUUGUUCAUAUGUUCAUUGUGUAAAAAGCGUGUGUACUUUCCCCAAAUAUUUUUGGGCGCAAUUCUCCUUUGCAAAGGCAGAACACUACCUGAAGGGUAGUGCAGUUGUGUACUGUUCCAGUGAUGUGGGAAAGGGAUUUUUUUUCCAUUAUUAAUGAUUGGGCAACUAAAUUACAUUCUUAGAAAUCGCAUAUCAAAGCCAUGUAAUUCCAUGGAAUUACUGUGCUCUUGAUAACAGAGCAGACCUUUACCCAUUUUUUAAUAAAGAAUUCAAGACCA